GGCUGCGUGUGGAUGCAAUUUGCAACUGCAGUGUGCGAUCGUUUGUGUCUCUCUCCACUCUCUCUCUCUCUCUCAUCUGCUUGUUCUGUUGUUCCAGUGCCCCCACUCAUCCCCUCUCUCACAUCGCAUCACAUCACAUCCACCCUCGGUUCACCCUCGGUUCACUCCAGCAACAACAGCCAAGCAUGUCGAAAGUUGAUAUGUCCCUCGAUGCUCUCAUUGAGCAAGACCGCGCAGAGCGCCAGACCCGCGGUCGUGGUCGCGGUGGCCGUCGCGGUCGUGGUCGCGGCCGUGGUGCCAGCAGCAGCCGCCCGCGCACACAGGACUCGCGUCGCCGCAACGCCCCUUACACCUCGCGCUCGCCCCGCAACCAGUUCUACCAGCACGACAGCCGCGCAUUUGCCGCCCCAAUGUCUGCGCCCGCGCCCACCCCGCGCUCCGCCAAGCUUCUUGUGGAGAACCUCGACUACGGCGUUACAGAGUCGGACAUUGAGCAACUGUUUGGCGCCAUUGGGCAGCUCGUCGACUACUCGAUCCACUACGACCGCGCCGGCCGCUCCCUCGGCGUCGCUGAGGUCGAGUUUGCCCGCAGCAAGGACGCUGCAGCCGCAGUUGAGGAGUACAACGGGCGGUAUCUUGACACAAAGCCGAUGAAGGUGUCCUUUGUUGGCCGCCCCGGCGACCUCGUCCAACGCGUCCCCGUCCCCGUCCCCGUCCCAGUGUCGUCUGGGCCGCGUGUGCCGCGCUCCUCCCGCGGGGGCCGCACGACGCGUGGUCGCGGUGCCCAGCGCGGCCGUGGCAGUCGUGGACGUGGUGCUGCCAACCGCCGCGAGAAGAAGGAGACACCUGUGAGCAAGGAUGCACUUGAUGCACAGCUUGACCUGUACCAGACUGGAAAGGUCUCUGUGGACGCAUCAGACCUUGAUCGCCAGCUCGACGAGUACCAGCAGAAGCAGGACCAGGAGGCCGCCGCCCCUGCUGCCGAGGAGACGGCCGCUGAUGGCGACGCCGAGCCCGCCGCUGAGGAGUAAACAUGUGCUUGCAGGCACACUUUCGUGCUUGCACGAACGCAUGGCUCUCAGCCCUUGCUGUAGUCAAGUCGUGUCACCGUUUGCUGUUGACGAAGCUUGGUUUUGUGUCCAUGUUGGUUUGCUGCUGUUGUUGAUUGCGUGUGGGCGUGCUUGCUGUCCAGUUGCGCUGUUGUGGGCAAUGCAUGGCCCAAUCGGCCAACCAGCUUGUGCCUGGCUCACGUCAAUCAUUAACUGUGUGUCGUGUUGUGUCAGAUCUUGACUUUGUUCUGUUGCGCUGUGUCAUGUAUCUUUUGUCGUGUGAUCUUGCGUGUGCAUUUCCGUGUGUUGUUCGUGUGUUGGUGUGUGCGGUUUUGUUUGUCCUCUGUCAACAAGGAACAACACCCAUAAAAACCCCAAACCAACAA